GACGGUGCCAAAGGUCCCCUUUGAACAUGACGUCACAGGCCUAGUUUCGUUUGUAUCAAAGCUUUUGAUAAACUAGUGUUUGUUAGCAUCUCCCGUAGUAGGGCCAAAUUAGAUAAAUUACGAUGGGGAUCGAAGACGAAGCUGACCGGACGCUUUUUAUAAGGAAUUUGGAUACACGAGUGACGGAGGAGCUUCUAUUCGAUCUUUUCUUACAGGCAGGACCUCUCAUCAAAACCAAAAUUCCAAAAGACGGCGAUGGCAAACAGAAAACGUUUGGCUUUGCCGUGUACAAACACGAGGAGUCGGUGCCGUAUGCCAUGCAGCUUCUAAACGGAACGUCGCUGUUUGGUAGAACGAUCCAUGUGCAAUUCCGUUCAGGCAGCACCCACAGCAACAGUAGUGGGAGCGCCAGUCCUUCUAGUACUGAUCCCCACGGAUUGAGGGUGCCUCAGCAGUUAUCUCCUCAAUACACUCCUCCAAGAUCUUUUUCAUCCCCUGAUAGUCUGCAGAAGCACGCCAUGAUGAACAUGAUGUAUCAGCAGUCGCCCAAUUACUGCAAGAUGCCAUGGCAUCCGUCUGCAGGGGGCGCAGGCAGCUUCAGGCAGCGUGACAGCGCCCCCUACCCUACACAGUCAGCCUCAACUAACAGCUGCAGACGAAUCCAGCGCAAUGCUGAUGACUCCCACAGACAGCAGCAGCAAUACAACAGGAACGACUAUCACCAACCAAACGCUUGGGGGGGCGGCGGCCGUCACCACGAUGGCAGGGGAGGCAGCAGGCACCACGAUGACGUGAGCGGUAACCGCGGUCAUCAAGGUAGUAGGUGGAGACGCUACUGAUGUAAGGGAAAGAGACUUAUUUAUGAUUAUGCAGAUGAUAUUAGUAUAUGCUCAGGUUGUUUUGUACAUCAACUGAACAAAAAAAAUCUUAAUCUUUUGUUUUGUCUACUUUUAUAAUAUUUUUAAAUCUCAUGUGACUUAGCUCACAGAUCACAUCUGGCCAAUAACAGAAAUGUGAAUCUUGUUUAAGUUGAUAGAAAAGAUCAUAGCUCACCCUUUUGUAUUUGGGAAGAAAAAAAAAUGGUGCUCGAAGUAUAUGUACAGUAUUAAUGUAAAUUCCAAAAACAAAAUCCACCAGCACGAUUUAUAAUGCAAUGUUGAGCUCACUAAUUAUGUUCCUUUUUAUUUUUUUAACCUUGAUUUUUGUAAGACAAACUCAUAAUGUUUUAAAGUGAUCAUAAAUACAAACAUUGUUUGGCUUAA